CACGGCGCGGCCCCCCCCCAGCCCGGAGGAGCAGAGGCGUGAGGGCCCCCAGGCAGGAUGCCGCUGGUGAAGAGGAACAUCGAGCCCCGGCACCUGUGCCGGGGGGCUCUGCCCGAUGGGGUGACCAGUGAGCUGGAGUGUGUCACCAACAGCACCCUGGCUGCCAUCAUCAAGCAGCUGGGCAGCCUCAGCAGGCACGCCGAGGACAUCUUCGGGGAGCUGUUCAACGAGGCCAACAGCUUCUACAUGAGGAUGAACUCGCUGCAGGAGAGGGUGGACCUGCUGGUCAUCAAGGUGACGCAGUUGGAUUCCACUGUGGAGGAAGUUUCACUGCAGGACAUCAACAUGAGGAAAGCCUUCAAGAGCUCCACGGUGCAGAACCAGCAGGUUGUGUCUCGCAACUCCAUCCCCAACCCGGUGAUGGAGAUGUACCAGCGCUGCGACAAACCCCCGCCCCUCAACAUCCUCACGCCCUACAGGGAUGACAAAAAGGAUGGCCUCAAAUUCUACACCGACCCCUCCUACUUCUUCAACUUGUGGAAGGAGAAAAUGUUGCAGGCAACAGAAGAUAAGAGAAAGGAGAAGCGCAGACAGAAGGAGCAGCGGCUGGUGGAGGACUCCACCCGGGAGGUGAAGAAAGUGAGGAAAGCCCGGAACCGGCGGCUGGAGUGGAACAUGAUGGCGUAUGAUAAAGAGUUCCGGCCCGAUAACAGGUUCUCACCAUCCCCCUAUCACAUGGCCUCAUCGGAAGGAUCACUGUCCCCAGAUAAUAGAUCCUACGCGUCAGACGCGGCCGACCACUCGUACCCGGCGAGCCCCAACCACCCCGCGCAGCUGCUGGCCCCGGCGGCCCACCUGGCCCCGGCGGAGCACAAGGAGGGCGUGCUGGCCCCCCCCAACCCCCAGGAGCACGUGUACCGCCCAGCCCCGGGCAGCCGCCAGAACAGCCUCAACCGGCUGCAGCAGCCGCACGCGCCGCCGCCCGAGGCUGUGCUCAACGGGCCCAGACCCCACCUCGUCAAGGAGUACGGCCCUCAGCCGGUGCCCAUGGCCGAGUACUUCGUGCCGCCGGCCCCGCCACCCCCACCGCCCGUCAUCCCCUCGGCACAGACGGCCUUCGACAGCCCCAUCUCGGCCCCCCCAGUGCUGGCCCCCGGCUCGGCCGGGCCCCCCUCCUACGCCCCCUCUCCGCCCCCCGCGCCCCCCGGCCCCUACUCCGCGUCCCCACCUCAGGCUGGCCCCAUGGGCCCCCCCGUGGCUCCCCCCCCGCCGCCCCCGGGCCCCCCGGCGGUCUCGGCCUCGCCGGCGCACUCGGCCUCACCGCCCGCCCCUGCUGUGGAGCCCCGCAAGCCGCAGAUCCCACUGAUGCCCAUGAGCGACGCCCGGAGCGACCUGCUGGCAGCCAUCCGCAGGGGGAUCCAACUCCGGAAAGUCCAGGAGCAGUGGGAACAAGAGGCCAAGAAAGAGCCCGUGGGCAAUGACGUGGCGACGAUCCUGUCGCGGCGGAUCGCGGUGGAGUACAGCGAGUCCGAUGACGACUCGGAGCUGGACGAGAACGAGUGGUCAGACUGAGGGGCCCGGGGUCGGGCUGGGCUGGGCUGGGCCGGGCUGGGCUGGGCUGGAGGAACCCCCAGCUCUGCCCCAGGUGUGUGUAGGCGCCUCCCCCACCGUCGAUGCCGGCGAGCGCGGGCGGCCCCGCUCGUCCAGGAGCUUUGCUUUUACACUUUGUCCAAAACCCUGCGGGCAGCAGCAGCAGCAGCAGCACUGGUAGGAUACACCUCGGAGGCAGUGAGACCAGACAUUAGCAGCACCUUCGCGUUUAAUGACUUCCCAAAUUCCCUGGAGGCAGGUUAAUAGGAUUGCUCGUGGUUUACAGCUGGAGCAGGACCAGAGGCUGGCCCUGAGCGUGCUUUGGGAGAGCGGGGAGCCCCAGGGGCGGCAGUGCUAUUCCAGCUAGACUGUAAUUGUGGGAACCAGAAGCUCCUGCAGAAGAAGCCUGUUUGCACAGCUGGUGCCACCAUGGGAGCUCAGGGAAUGGCCCUACAUGGGCUUGGGGACCCUCUGGUGUCGGAGUUUUUGGGGUCAGGCAGCUCCAAAGGCUGCCCACGAGCAGGAACCUCCUUCCCCUGAGACUGAUGCACCGUGUUUGGCAGCAGCUCUGUAGGGAUGGUCCCCAUCAUUCUGUCACCUGGAGAACCACAGAAUGGUUGGGUUUGGAAGAGACCUUUAAAGCCCACUGAGUCCAAUCCCUUGCAAUGAUCUGGGACCCCUCCCACUAGACCAGGUUGCAUGAGAAGACCAAGGUGCUGGUGACCUGAGCCCGUUUCUGUCCUUAGAACUGGUUUUCUAGGAGAAAAGGGUGAAGGCAAGGCUUGUGUGGCUGGCAGGGACACACAGCCUUGUCUUUGCCAGUGAAGGAUUAAGGUGUCCAGGGAGCUUCCCCGGACCCAGCUCUCCUUGGCCUUAAUGUGACACCAUUU